CUCCGGAUAUCUCAAGAUUACUGCGGAGACGAAUGGGCUAUCUCGAGACAUGCAGAACGGGCUGUUUAACUCUGCGCACGAUCUUAGGAAGCAAACAACAACCCAUGGAGCUGAUAUUACAGCAUUCCCCUAGGCCACCGAAUCUCGAACGAAUGAUAUCCAGCAUAUUUCCGACGAUACAAAUCUCUCUUGUUCAGCAAUAAAGGCCUCAAGGACUACGGGCAAUACGUAGCACCAAAAAUGGCCAUCUUCAAAACCGCACUCUCAGAUCCCGUAUUCCUCCGAGGCGGCAAUGGAAGCACAGGGAACUCUUCUUCCAGCAACGUUCGCGCAAACGUAGCAUCGCUCCAUCGGGCCGGAAUACCGAUCCUCUCUGGCAAACAUGAUCGGCACACUCAACGCGAACGUCAGCAUCUCGUCGACGCUGGGCCCACCCCUGCGGAAGCUAUCAAUGCGGCAAUAAGCGUGGCUGCGAAGUAUCAUCGUUUAACGGAUCGUGGCGUCAUUGCGCCCGGAUAACGCGCCGAUUUGAUCCUUUUAGGAAGUAAUCCUCUGGCUAACAUCACGAUCCUUGGGACAUGAAAAUGAUUUGGGUGGGUGGCAGAGAGUACCUCGACGUUGCGUCCCCGUCAAAGUAACUCUGUCGCUCUCUUCAGGCAAUGGAUCGCCCUUUCUAAUCCUGUCAAUUGUUUCCUGUAGUUUUAACAGGUUCUUUGUCUUUAUGAGAAGG